AUGGACACUGAGGAUGGACAGUUCUUCAUAAAGAACUUGGCCCACUUUGUUCGGACGCACGAGAAGGCGCUCGCAAAUGCUCUACAAUUACGACGCCAACAAGCUCCUAAGAAUGGCUCGUCCCAGAGUGCAACAACGGGUGCCGUUGGCAGUUCAGCUACACCCACAUCACCAACGGCGACAAACCCUCCUUCCUCUGCUUCCUCCUCCUCCACAUCGAGUACUCUUGCCGCUGCCCUCUCCCUCCCCUACCUGACUUUCGCGUCCCAUAAUAUCAAACCUGCCAAACUUGCCUUGACGCCCCAUCACCUCUUCUAUCUGCUCUCGCGCUUUGAAGAUCUUGGUAUCGCUGUAGGACCCAUGAACGUGCGACUGGAGAACAUCCAUGACACAUCGACGACAAACUAUGUCUCAUUUCUAAGCCAGUCCCAACGGCCCAAAGGUCGAGGCUCGGACCAUGGAUCCAUUCACUCGGUAUCCAGUGUUCGAAGUGUAAUGUCUGGAAUGUCUUCUCUCUGGUCCAGCUUUGGAUUGGGCUCUGGCAAUUCUGCAGCCCGAACAGAAAAGCAGAAAGCACAGAUUGAGGCAGACUUGAAGUACCUAUACUCGGCCUUUACCAAGAUCCCCUGCUUGAGACUCGCUCCGGACCGUCGAGCUCGAUUGAUCGAAGGUUAUGAGGAGUUUCCAUUUGACAGCGCUGUGCCCCUUCUCGCUUUCAAGAACAUCAGUGCUUUGGAGAUCAGUGACAUUGAUAUCAGGCAAUUCUUCGGCUGGGACCGUCUCGCUGAGCAGCUGAGAUCAUUGACAGUGAAACGUGCAGGUGUUGACGACCCAGCGGACCUUCUCAUAAACAUCGUACUCGACGAUAUGGACAAACGACGACGCCGUUCCUCCAAAGCCCAAAUGUCACCAACCUCUACAUGGGUAGCCUCUUCUUCGAGUCCAAAACGAAGCCCGACUAUGCCACACGCCGAAUUGGUCAAAUCCAAUUCCGCGCCUGGAUCUCCAGACGAGCGAGUACAUAUUGGUGAUGAGGCAGAUGGCCGGGGUGCUUCACUUGUGCGAUCAGGUUCUGAUGGAGCGAAGUCACCAACCAAGUCAAGGCCGAGGAGCAACUCUCCUGUCCGACCACCAAGUUCAAGGACUGGCUCGGCGCAUGGUCAUCUCAGGGGAUCAUACAAGGUCAAGAGAUCUGGAUCUGGCAGCUCACAUUCGAGCAUGUCAGAUGGCUGGCACAACCUGCGGGGUAGCUCGUCAAAUCUUCUCGCCAUGGGAAUCCUGCCUUCAUCGAAAUGGAGAUUUCUCAAGCAUCUUAGCUUGGCUGACAAUGGGCUUACAUCGGUUUCUACGUCUAGUUUGUCUCCAUUAGCAAACACACUACAUUCGCUGGACCUCUCUGCGAACCUUUUCUCGCAGAUUCCUGAUUGUCUAGCAUCCCUUACAGCCCUCAGAGCUCUCAACCUCUCCAACUGCAUGAUUGAUUCGCUUCAUUCAUUGACAAGAAAUCCUCUGCCAGCAAUAACUGCCCUCAACCUUCGAUCGAAUCGAUUGAUAUCAAUUGCCGGCGUGGAAAGAUUAUACCCUCUCGAGAGAUUAGAUCUACGGGACAAUAAAAUGACGGAUCCAACAGAGUUGGCCAGAUUGACUGGCAUUCCGGAUAUAAGAGAGAUUUGGGUGUCUGGUAACCCCUUCACAAAGACACACAGCAGCUAUCGAAUCACUAUCUUCAACCUAUUCCGGAAUACCCCUGGAUACACAGAAGAUAUUCUCAUCGAUACAUAUGGCCCUAGUUAUAGUGAGCGUCGCCAAUUGGUGGAACGGGCAGCCGAGAAGCCUAUGGUUCCUGUGGUCAAACCACCUCCACAAGAUUAUGGUCUCCCUGCCGUGGAAGUCAACAAGCCCAUCAUCGACUAUCCAGCACAACGAGAGCCUGCUGUCCUCCGAAAAGAGCGUCCCGUACCAACUGCAACCACGAGCGAAAUCAACAUCAGCUCAUCAGGGCGGAGAAGGAGGACACCAAAACGGCGGAUAGUAGAUCUGUCCACCUCAGAAACUUCUCCACACAAGCCUGCUGUCAAGUUCUCAGCGGAGGAGGCAACACGCUCAGUAUCAGGAAUUGAUAGUCGAUACGGGAUAGCACCGAGUCCCGAUCCAUCACCUCGAACAGUGCCGUCUUAUGUACCUUCCGAGCCUCGACAAUCACAAAGUCAAACCGACAUGCCUCGUAUCGACACAUCAGUGGUCCCUCGACUACCCCCUAUAGAGACGAUGUCGUACGACGCUCCAUUGAUCAAGUCACAGAACGUGAAAGAUUCACAAGAUUGGAAAGUCAGUGGAGAUUUAUACAGAAAGAAACUAGAAGCGCUGAGAAACGAAGUCGGCAACGGCUGGCUCAGCGUUUUAAGUGAAGAAGGAUGGGAUACUUCAAGAAAUCCCAACCAACCCUUUGGCGGACCAGAUUACAGUCCUGCCAACAGUAUACGGCCGAGUCCUACCACACCUCGAGCCAACAGUCAACAAACAAUACAUAGUGGUCGAACAUUAGGCUGA